AAGUGGUCAAUAGUUGGCUAAAGUGACAAACUGACACUUCAAACUUCAAAGUUGUAGGAGAUGAUUUAGAGUUGAGUGUUCUAAUUAUGCUGAAGGGCUCAUGAAAGAUCUUCAAAUCCAUCUUCAGUUUCUUCAUAAUAUAUGUUGCAGGUAUUCAACAAUCUCCAUUCAGUCUUUAUACUUAUUGACAACCAAUUUAUGUAGGAUGAAGCUCAAAUAUGCAAUUCUUAGUUGCUCCAACCAACCUUUAGUGACAUAUUAGUUCGGCACUCUGUAAUUACUGUUGAGAAUCACAAGAUUAGCAUUGAUAGAAAAAUUGGCAUUAACCAGUCUUCUAGGUGAGUGCCGGGAGGUACUGUAUCACAAGAGUAUGACUAUUGUUUCAUGUUAUUUUGGAAGAACUGUGGAUUUAUUUAUUAGUUUAUUACUACAGGAGUACCAAGUUGUUGAAAGCUAUGAACUAGAGAAAAAUUAGAUGAAACAGAAUGUUCAGCAGAACCACCGGGAUCCAGUUUGACCAUUUACCGGCUCAUGUUUUCUCUUUGGAUAUAUGCUUUGUGUCCUUGUUGCUGUCUAAAGUAUUAAUUUUAAGCUGCAUUUUGAUUUCAACAACAUUACAGGUUAGGAAGUAAACUAUCAUAAAUCUUCUCUGGUGCCCAUAAAUGUGGAUUAGUCAGAGGCUGCUCGUUUAGCAGAUGUUUUUGGUUGUCAGUUGGUGAAAAUGCUGUUCACAUAUUUGGGUCUGCCAGUGAGUGGUACCAGACAUAGGAUUGCUGAUCUGAUGAAUUUAGUGGACAGGAUGGAACGUAGGCUCAUUGCUAGUUCUUCGAGAUAAUUGCACGUAUCAUCCUGGAAGUUGCCGGCGAUGUCCAUCUCGGUCCCAGAAGUCGAGAACUGAUCCACUACGGUCCUGAUACGAGGAAAUACGUCGCCAAUAUGGUCCUGGAUGUUGGACGCCCAGUCCUGCCUCUACACGUCGCGUGCAUACGCAGUAUACCCCGUAUGACACGUCAGCGCCUGGCCCGCUUGUCAGAAGGGAGCCCACCAGUCAGCGCGGAGCCCACCCCUUGCCCCCCAUCCCUGCCUCGCUGUCUUUUCUCGAUCCUUCGUGUGUCCACGAACCGAAAACAGAGCACAAAGCAGAGUAGUGGGAUAGGGUGCGGCGGCGGAUCAUCGGCGACCCGAUGGCCUUCCGAUGGUAGUUGUUGCGGUGGUGGAAGGGACUGCGACGGCGCCGCAACCCGUAGGACGGGGUUCAGCGGCGAUGGAGGGCCCGCGACGGCGGCCCGACGGCGAGGCGGCUCCGACGUACGGUAUGAUUCGUCACCCAACAAUAUUGAGACGGUUUUGUGCCUGAAAUCUCCAAUUUUAGUUCUAAUUAGGUUGUGUGCAAAUAUAAUUUCAUGUGUUUAUGCCUAUUUCAUGCACUUUGGAGGGAAAUUUGUUAGGGUUUGGGUAAAGUACGACAAAAAGAUUGAACUUUCACUGAUUUUAUUUGCAGCAAAGGAUUCUCGGUUGUUCACUGUUGAGGUGAUCCAUGGAGGAUUUUUCUUUGGCAGUGGUCAGAAUAGGUGCUAUUUGGAUGGCAAAAAGGUUAGCUAUGAUUACUGUCAGGUGGAGAGUGCAUAUUACAAAUUGUUUGAAGAAUUAGUUGAGCACUUGGGUUAUGAAAAGAGAGGUAGAAUCGAUAUGUAUUGGUUGCCCCCUGGUUGUCAGCUAAAUGAAGGUGGUGCUAGGCUUUUGUCCAAUGAUGUUGACGUAGAUUGUAUGUAUCUAACGCUUAAUCGAGGGCACCAAUUUCAAAUGAUAUACCUCGAUCAUUUGGACAGCCAUAUUUCUGGAGGAGGAGCUGGAUGGGAUGAUGUUGUGGCUAAUCCAGUAACACAAAUGCCAGUUGUUUUCAGUCCAAUGAAGAAGUCAAGCAAUGCAAAUGAUAACAGAGAUGUGGAAGAAAGCAACACAUCUUGUAGUGUUGUGGAUGAAAGUCAUGAAAUUCAGAGUCAUGACCAACUCUUUGACAGACUGAGACCAAGAAAACAAAAUAUAGAAGAGCAGGAAGAACAGUAUGCAGAUUCAGAUACUUCUGACAGUGAUUAUAUUCCUGAAAUUAUUGACAGUGACUAUGACUUGGAGGAUGGGGAUGAGGAUUUGUUGCAGGAGCAGCUACACCCUCUGCAAGAUAGGAAAGGGAAGAAGGUGGUGGAAGAGUGCAACUCUGAAGAUGAGGAAUUGGAUGCUCCAGAUUCAGAUCAAGAUGAAAUGAAAUUCAAUUUCAAAUCAUUUACAGCUGCAGAUAUGCAUGAGCCCAAGUUCCAUGCAGGCCAAUUGUUCUCUUCAGUCGAGCUCUUGAGGAAAGCAGUUAGAGAGUACAGUUGCAAGGAGAGAGUGAACAUCACAUUCCCAAAGAAUGAUAAAACAAGGCUUGGUGCAAAGUGUGAGAAAGGAUGCCCAUGGUAUCUUUAUGCAUCUUGGGAUAAUAGGACAAAUUCAAUAAUGGUGAAGACAUUCAAUGGUGAGCAUACUUGUGAGAAGAAGUGGCAAGUUACAGCCUUUACAGCUAGGUAUAUUGCUCACAAAUUUGUCGACAAGAUUAGGGCAUGUGAGAGGAUUUCAUUGAAGGCCUUAGCAGGUUUUGUCCAAGAAGAUUGGAAUAUGACAAUUAAAAGGGGCAAGUUAGGGAGAGCUAGGAAGAUUGCAUAUGAUAUUAUAUAUGGUGAUGAGAUUGCACAAUACAACUUGUUGUGGGACUAUGCAAAUGAGCUGAGGAGAUCUAAUCCUAGUAGCACUUUCUUUGUUGAACUUUCAGACGAGGGGCAAUUUCAAAAAUGUUACUUCUCAUUUGAUGCAUGCAAAAGGGGCUUCUUAUCUGCUUGUAGGCCUAUUAUUUUCCUCGAUGGCUGUCACUUGAAGACACAAUAUGGAGGUGUGCUUUUAAGUGCUGUAGGAAUGGAUCCUAAUGAUUGCAUAAUUCCUGUGGCUCAUGCAGUAGUGCAAAGUGAAGAUACAAAAGCCUGGAGAUGGUUCUUGACUGCAUUGAAGCAAGAUCUUGGCAUACAUAACACAGAUCUCUGGACCAUCAUGUCUGACAAGCAAAAAGGUUUACUGAAAGCAGUGAAGGAAUUGUUCCCACUUUCACCACACAGAUUUUGUGUGAGGCAUCUAUGGCAGAAUUUCAACAAGAAUUUCAAGGGAGAGGCCUUAAAGAACCAGCUAUGGAAAUGUGCUAGAAGUACUACAGAGGGAAGGUUUAGGGAAAAUAUGAACCAAAUGUUAGUUCUCAGCAAAGAGGCCCAUGACUGGCUGGAUGAGUUGGAUCCUAAAACAUGGGUCAGGGCUUAUCAAAAUGAUUUCCCAAAGUGUGAUGUGCUGCUCAAUAACAAUUGUGAGGUAUUCAACAGGUACAUCCUGGAGGCUAGGGAGAUGCCAAUUAUAAGCAUGUGCCAGAGGAUCAAGGGCCAAAACAUGGGAAGGAAUUAUGGAAAACAACAAGAGGAAUUUAAUCUACAGACAGCUGGUGUUCUUAACCAUGACCAACCUUUGUAUCAUUCAGAGAUGCUAGCUACUUUAACACAGGAAAGAGAAUCAAGGCAGAGAGAGGAAGUUGUGCAUGGCCCACUACCUGAGAAUGCUUUCAUACAGCAGCAAGCCCUCUCACAGCCUCCAAUUCAACCUACAACAGCAACAAAAACUGGUGAUGUGCACAGGAAGAGAGAGGUUGUUGCAUUUGCCAGACUUAGAGCAGCAGCUGAGAGAAGAGAGAUAGCCGAUCAGGCCAAGUUUGAUGCAGCCAUUGCAAAAUUAAAAGAAGAAGAGGACAAAAUCAAGUUGUCUGCUCAAAAGAAGAAAGAUGACCAACUAGCAAAGAAACAUGCUGCAGAGGAGAAAAAGAAGGCUGCACUUGAAAAGAAAAAAGAAUUGCUGCAGAUGAGAGGAAGAAAGCUAGUGAGGAAAAUAAAAAAAAGGCCCUAGAGGAUAAACUGGCCAUGGCAGACAAAAGGAGAGAAGCUAUGGAGAAAAGGAAAAAAGAAGCAGAAGAGGCAAAAAGAAUUAAGGCAAAAGAAAGACAAAGAAUUGCUGAAGACAAAAAAAGAGUUCGCAAGACUAAAUUUGAUGCAGAAGAGGCAUUGUUUCUUAUAAAUCAAGCAGAUGAGAUUGAUAGGCAGCAAUCAUUUCUGCAAACACAGGAGACAGCAAGGCAAAGAGCUUGGGAGCAGCAGACUGUCCAGCAGGAAGCUACAAGAGUGCAGGCAGCUUUGCAGGAUGCAGAUAAGACGAAGGCACAGCACAAGACAGAGAAGCAAUGGUGGAGGAGCAGAGGAUGAAUGCAUGUCAGUCCAAAACUACAACAAUGAAGAGAACUGGAGCAAGCUCUAGUCAAAACAGGAGAACAUUUAAAAAACCAAGAAAAGUUAGCAUGUUUGAUGAACUUAGGGGUGGUUGAAAAUUAACGAAAAGUGGUGGUUUCAUUUUGUGUUCUGUUUGUGAUCAGAUGUAGAACGUGUUAAUGAACAUGUUCUGCUCGUGAUCAUGCUCCAGACCAUGCUGGAUAGCUUUUGUAAUAUGCUUUCUUUUGUAGUAUGUAAACUGGAUGUCAGACUUGUUAUAUGCUCCAGAAUAUAAUGGAUAGCUUUUGUAAUAUGUAAA